AUUGAGAGGGCGGGGAGGGAGAGGCGAGGCCCGAGAAGGGGAUGGGCCUUUGGGGGGGCCAGGGACGGCCGCAGACCCCGCGCCAUGGGCUGCCCAGCCUUCCCGCUGCUGCUCGGACUCGUGGGAGCCUCCCUUGCCCAGACUGGGAGCCGCCCCAUGCACCCCAUGUUCCCACUGCUGCCCCCCAUCACCUGUUACCACACGGAGAUGCUGUACCUGGGGCGGAAGCUGAGCUCGGAGCCCGAGCUUUGGAGCUCCAGCCUGCGGCACUCCCGGCGCUGUGAGAACUGGGAGGUGUGCCAGGAGACCCUGCUGAUGCUGGAGACAGGGCCCCAGUCACUGAUAAUGGGCAGUAAAGGCUGCACUCCAGCAGGGAACCGGAUGUCGGGGGUCACGGAGCACUUGGGCCCACCAGGAAUUAUCAUCACUUCCUAUGUUCGCUUCUGCAAUGUCAACUACUGUAACAACUCGAGCAGCACGGCCCCGGUGCUGAGGCCCAAGGCCCACCUAGCCAUCAGAAACCCCGAGCAGGCCUUGCGGUGCCCAACCUGCUUGGCCCUGUACUCCUGCCCCACAAAGGUCCGCUUCCGGCCGUGCAGCGAGAAGGCCCUCCGGUGUUACAACGGAACCAUCAGCAUCAAGGGAGAAGGGACCUCCUACGUGCUGGGUUUGCUCGGCUGCUCCACCGUGCCCGCCUGCGAGCUCUUUCUCGGCAUGGAGACGGUGGGCUCCUUCACCCUGAGCGAGAAGUGUCUGGACCACCACAGUGUCCUGUGGCCCAGGAGCCGGAGCGUGCCCCGGCCCGGCUGGCUCUGGGCCCUCGGGCUGGGACUGCUGGUCACUCUGUAGGCCGAGGCGUCCUUGGCCUGGACAUCCUGCCAGUCCCCCGGGAAGCCGGGCAGAGGGGGCCCCUGGGCCCGGGGGGCUGCCUGGGGGCCGGCAGAGGCGGCCCUGGGAUCCCAGGGGCAGAAGGUAUGCCCAAAGCUCAGCAACCCGAGCCCGGGCCACCUGCCGCACAGGUAUCAAAUAAAGAUUUAAAUGGACUAUUCCAU